GAACAAGUGAAACUAUGAAUCUAAAGCGGAUUUAGACCGGCCUGAAAGAGAGUGCAAAGCUCUCCUGAUACUUUCACACACAUGCUCGUAUAGGUACACGUCAAUAUUCAUAUUUUAUUUCUAUCUCAGGUGAUAGUUUAUUUGUUUUUCGCGUUUUAGUCAUGAUGUCAAACAAUGAUUUACUGGAAAUUACUGGAAACGAGCUGGUCCACAUCCUCAGGACCCCCCGGGACCAGUACACCUCUGACGGGUGUGUGGUUCUGGACUGUCGACCUUUCCUGGAUUUCUCUUUUACGAGUAUUUGCGAGUCCAGAAAUGUCAACUGGAACUCGAUGCUGCGCCGUCGAUCCAAGAGCUCGGUAGUGGCCCUGGAGUGGCUCAUCCCGGACAAGGCGCUGCUGGCCCGGCUGCGGGCCGGCAAGCUGUCCCCGGUGGUGGUGGUGGACGAGAGGAGCCGCUACCUGUCCGAGGUGAAGCCGGAGAGCGUGGCCCAGAUGCUGCUCAGCGCCCUUCAGAACGAAGUGCAUGCGCAGGUCUGCUUCCUGCAAGGUGGAUUUGAGGGAUUUUCAGAGGCCUUUCCAGAGCUGUGCCACUGUUCUGCCAGCAGUCAGCUCUCUAUAAUGGAGCCAGAGCCAGCAGUGACAGGCCGGAGCACUCCUGCAUAUGAUCAGGACGGUCCAGUGGAGCUGCUUCCCUUCCUGUUUCUGGGCAGCGCCGUCCACUCGUCCCGCAGAGAGCUGCUGAAGGCAGCCGGCAUCACCGCGGUGCUCAACGUUUCCUCCACCUGCCCCAACGUGUACGAGGGGGAGUUUCAGUACCUGCGUCUGACGGUGGAGGACACGCUGGCCGCAGACAUCCGAGCGUGCUUCAAUACAGCCAUCGCUUUCAUUGACUCCGUGAAGCAGAGCGGCGGCAGGGUCCUGGUCCACUGUCAGGCGGGCAUUUCGCGCUCGGCCACCAUCUGCCUGGCCUACCUCAUGCACACGCAGCGCGUCCGGCUGAACGAGGCCUUCGACUUCGUGAAGCAAAGGCGUAACGUCAUCUCCCCCAACCUGGCUUUCAUGGGGCAGCUGCUGCAGUUUGAGACGGAUAUUCUGUGUCAGGGGUGAAGACUCUGGCAUGACGGGACUGAAUCUAAAACAAAACGGGGAAUUUGUUGCUGAUGCAGCAAAGAGCGAUGGGCACUGUGAAGCCUCAUCAUAAAAAAAACUUGUUAUGAAAAGACUGAUUCUGAGCCAACAGGUUGGAACGGAAGCAAAGUGAUUUCCCUGAAGUGAUUUCUCAGGGGAAAGAUGUUCCUGCUUGUCUAGAUUGUUGUUUGUGCCUUUUUUACUGGCAAAGUUUCUCUUUCUUUGUUUAAACUGAAGUGUUUUGAGUUGCAACCACUGACGUCUUUGAGAGACUCCUACAGCAAUAAAAGAGCAAAGUAGUGAUUUAUGCUGGAUUUAGAAUGCACUAAUUGUGUCACUGGAAGAAAAAGUGACACUGAUUCAUUGUAAUGUAAAUA